AUGCAAAAGCGAAAGGACGCCCGGAAAAGCCUCCUACAUUACAUCCCAUCCGAGCAAAGCGUCUCGGUCCCAAAGAACCUCCAAACCCUCACAUAUCCUAUCCCUCUCUCACCUUCAAAGAUGCCACAGCUCAACCUACCUUCGGACCCGGCAUCCGCGGAAUCUCUCCCCGUUAGGCCUGCCAAACCCUCAGACGAGGGGGGGGGGGGGGGGCAAAAUACUGCUCACGCUCAUGCUCAGACAGCGACAGACAGGCGCAUAGAUCCUCUCGAACCCUCAAUCCUCGACCCUCAAAGCUCUACCCGCGGAGAGAACCCUUAUCAGUCUUUCAACCAGCAGCCCAGCUGA